AUGGCGCCCGUGCUAGCAUACUGGAGCAUCCGUGGGCUUGCCCAGCCUAUCCGCUUAUUGCUGGAGUACACCGGCACAGAAUACGAGGAGAAGGUGUACGACUGUGGGCCUGCCCCUGACUACGACAAGUCAUGCUGGUUUGAUGUCAAGUUUACCCUUGGCCUUGACUUCCCUAAUCUGCCAUACUACCUGGAUGGCGAUCUGAAAAUCACCCAGAGCAAUGCCAUCAUCCGUCACAUUGCUCGCCAGCACGAUCUGUGCGGGAAGACGGAGGAGGAGAAAGUUCGUGUGGACAUCCUCGAAAACCAGUCCGUUGACUUUCGCACUGGCUUCACACGACUCUGUUAUAGGGAAUAUGACACCCAGAAGGAUGCUUACCUAGAGGCUCUGCCAAACACACUUAAGCUCUACUCAGAUUUCCUUGGAGAACGCAAGUGGUUUGCUGGGGACAAUAUAACCUAUGUGGACUUUAUCAUGUAUGAAAUUCUAGAUGAACACCUUGUACUCGAUAGUGGUUGUUUGAAAGACUUCAAAAAGUUGCAGGAAUUCCACAAACGCUUCGAGGAACUCGAGCCCAUCAAGAAGUACAUGGCCUCGCCAAAGUUCAUGAAAUCGCCGCUCAACAACAAGAUGGCCAAGUUUGGAAAUAAAUAGAUAAAGCAUCUGAUUGACAUUUGAAAUUUGAUCUUACCAUUUUUGAAGAAAACCUUUCCAAUUAGUGUGUGAACACUGCUAUAUCAGCACUAUUGUUCUUGUUUGUGAUACAACAUAUGAUUCUAGUUUUAUAAUGAAUGUGUCUUUGGUUACCAUUUCUAGUUAGGGAGGGGAAAAAAUUACCCAAAAGUUGAUGAGAAAUUGUGUGUAGCUGAAAGUUUUGAAAAGUUUCAGAAGAUACACGGCAGCUGUUUAAAUUGUGAAAGUGUAAUUCAGAGACUCUUUUAUAGAGUUGUCUGAAUGGCCGGAAUAAAACCAACUCACGAUACCAUUUUCAGUUCAACCAACUGCAACAUGGCUUUACUUUGUAUGGACUUUUGCCUCAUGAACUUUAUUGUAAUUCCAUUGAUGGUACGAUUUAGACAGUGUUCAUACUGAUAUAUUUUUUUGACAAUUAAAGUUUUAAUAAAGAGAUGUAAUCGUUAAAA